ACAACACUUGGGCCAUGGGUAAAGAACAUGAGCUCCCUCAUGACAAUGUUGGUUACAAAAACUUAAUCCAAACCAAUCCCAUGCCGGGCAAGCUCUCCGUUCGGAGGUUCCACCACGUCGAGUUUUGGUGCCACGACGCCACCAACGCUGCCCAUCGCUUUUCGUGGGCUCUCGGCAUGCCCAUUAUCGCCAAAUCCGAUUUGUCCACCGGAAACACAACCCAUGCAUCUUACCUACUAAGUUCCGGGCAACUCCUCUUCCUCUUCACCGCCCCUUACCCCGCCGCCACCUCCGCCACAGCCACAUCCGCCUCCAUACCAACCUUCUCCCACGCUGCUUGUCGCGCCUUCACCGCCUCCCAUGGACUCGCCGUCCGCUCAAUUGCCAUUGAGGUCGAAGACGCGGCGUUUGCCUACUCCAUCAGCUUGUUGCAUGGCGCAAAACCGUCAUCACCUCCCGUCACCUUCGGUGAACCCGACAACACCGUCGUUGUAGCCGAGAUUCAGCUUUACAACGAUGUUGUAUUACGUUAUAUUACCUACACAAAACCUAACAUCACAAAUAUACCAUCCACUUUCUUACCCGGAUUCCAACCAUUCAAAACCAAUACCACGUCCCAUUACCACCAAAACCUAGGCAUUCGUGGUCUUGACCACGUGGCGGUCAACGUCCCAAAACUCGCUCCCGCGGUCCACUACUUAAAAUCAUUCACCGGAUUCCACGAGUUUGCGGAAUUCACAGCGAAUGAAGUAGGGACAACCGAGAGCGGGUUAAACUCGGUGAUCCUGGCCUCCAACAACGAGGCGGUUAUACUCGGGAUCAACGAGCCGGUCAACGGGUCAAAGAGAAGUCAAAUACAAACAUUUUUGGAUUACAAUGACGGUCCUGGAGUUCAACAUUUGGCAUUGGAGAGUGAAGACAUAUUCUGGACUUUGAGAGAGAUGAAACGGCGGAGCGGUGCUGGCGGGUUUGAGUUUAUGCCGCCACCGCCGCCGUCGUACUACCGGAGAUUGGAAAAAAGGGUGGGAGAUGUGUUGACCGGUGAGCAGAUGAAGGAGUGUGAGGAGUUGGGGGUGUUGGUGGAUAGAGAUCAUGAGGGUACUUUGCUUCAAGUUUUCACCAAGCCAGUGGGUGACAGGCCAACCAUAUUCAUAGAGGUAAUACAGAGAAUAGGGUGCAUGUUAGCUCACGAUAGCGUUAAAGUGCGCCAGAAACCAGGAUGCGGUGGCUUCGGAAAAGGAAACAUUGCAGAGCUGUUCAAAUCUGUGGAGGAGUAUGAAAAAACACACGUCAUCAACAAUUAAAUACUUUAAUUUGACUUUUAUGGUCAAAUUUGUUAUUUGCCAAAUCUCAUGCGUAUAGAUCCAAUAACUUGUGCUUUUUUAUGUAGUUUA